GUUGGAAGAUACAAUUCUUCGCCGUGGAUCGACCCUCUAUCUGCACGCAUCUGGGCGAGCCCAGAUGACGAGAAGCAGGUGGUCAUCGCGCUGAGGUAUGUUGUUUUUGAUGGCGGACAGAGCACAGUUGAGCAUUAGGUUCAGAUUUGUCCUCACAAGGCUUUGGUUUACGCUCUCUACCGGGACGAAUGGGCGAGAUCCAUCGGCAUGGCUAAAAGAUACUGUGGAAGAUGCCCAAGAAGUUGUCAAAGGUGAGAUUUGGGCGAUCACCAUUCGAGACGGCAAUUCGCUAUCCGAGUUCUACGUACUGGAAUCCACUUGCGAAGUCAUCGGCAGGGCAUUCAACGCUCCUCAACUUGAAGUCUACUCCUCUGGUUUGCGCGCCGACUGGUCAGAAUACAUCUCGUCUUGCACUGGUGCUUCUGUGGAGCCUCGUAACUUGAUCUCGGAACACCUCCGUUGGGCGAACUACGAGGAAUAUGACCGAGGAAUAAGCAGGCAUUGGUUGCGUCGUAUUUUUGGUGAAGGCGAUGUUGGCUUAGCGAAAAAGGUGGUUGCUGAGCGAUAUGUCAUGGCAUGUGUGGUCGCCAACAGCAUCAGUGGUCGGUGGAUGUCCUCUAACCAGAUGGCGCAAGAGUUUGCAGGUCUGCCGUCUCAAUCGACUCUCGUCACUACCAGAGGGAGAACACCGAAGAUCAAUCUUUACCUACCAGCCCAUCAUCAUGUUGAAAGUGUUCACUUUACCACACCAAAAGGCGUGCCAUUGCACCCGGCUCUUGCCGUCAUGCAGACCCCAGCAAGGGAGUACAUCAUCUUGAAGGACAACGGAAUGCAGGUUGGAUGCGAAGAAGAUGGUGUCGCCGAGGUGUGGAUGCAGGUCCUUGGAUGCGACAACAAUGGCAUAGUGGUUGCGUGUUCCAAAUGAGUCAUGAUGCAUCCCAGAUACUUGGAAUAAUUCGAGGUCAUUGAAAAUCCGAAUGACAAUGACCGCGUUUGAUUUCAAGUACAUAUGAAUCAUGGUAUUAUCUUCGUGCAAAAUUCAAGCGAAACAGUCAGAAAUCCCCAUCAUGUCGAACUUCAAGCUUUAUCCUGGGACUUGAUCUAAUAUAGAAGGAACCCUACGGUCGCGAGCCCUCCGACUUGAAUUUCGUGUUCCCGGUCCCCUCC